AAUGCAUAGACAAUCUUGCACAAGCUGGUCUCAAGAUCUGGGUGUUGACAGGGGAUAAGAUGGAAACUGCAAUCAACAUAGGGUUUGUCUCUAACCAUUUAAGUAGAAAGCACUGCCGUGAAUAAUGAUGAGGCUGUGAAAGACAACAUUUUGAAUCAAAUUACAAAUGCCUCUCAAAUGAUCAAGUUGGAAACAGAUCCACAUGCAGCGUUUGCACUAAUUAUUGAUGGAAAAACUUUGACCUAUGCUUUGGACGCUGAUAUGAAGCAUCUAUUCUUGGAAUUAGCUGUUGAUUGUGCAUCUGUCAUAUGCUGUCGUGUCUCCCCUAAGCAGAAGGCAUUGGUAACGAGGUUAGUAAGACAAGGAACUGGGAAGACUACAUUAGCAAUUGGUGAUGGUGCAAAUGAUGUUGGAAUGAUUCAAGAAGCUGAUAUUAGUUCUACAUAGUGAUCUGAGGUUUGGUGUGUCUAUUUGAAAGCAG